AGUCGGCCAAUGACGCAGCCAUGGCAGCGACUGACAAAGCCCAGGAUUUCUUUCCUAGAGCAUUAGUCAACCUGCCCCCAAAAUCUUUUUCCGCGCUUGACGUUUGCGGCUUUCACUUGACUCGCAGUUAAAAGGAAGCCCGUGCCCAGCACAAAGGCCGAUUCAGGCUUAUUCGUAUCACUCCUGCUCUUUUGCUAGUUGUUCCUUUAUUUAUUUCUGCGCUCUCUUUAAUUUCCCGAGUCUGCCGAAUUUAAUUUUUUGUUUAUAAGGCGUCCAUUUGUCAGUCCACGAGUCUGGGUUCAGCAACCGCUUUACAAGAAUCGCCCCCUCCCCACCUGCCUUUUCUCUUUCUGAUUUUAUUUCCUUACUCUGGAUACUCCUGUUAUACCUUGCGGCUUAUCGUGCAUACAACCAUGAAGAGGCGGUUCUCGACAGUGCUGAAGCAGCUCAAGCGCAACGCAGUGGUGAAGCUGGCUGGCGCAUCGAACCCCCAGCGGCAAGCGGUGGUCAGCCUCCUGCUUGUGGUCCUCACCGAGGUCGCGCUCCUGGCUCUGACGUUCUGCACCAACUUUUUGUCGGCAUUCAUCCACAACACGCUCGAGGUGUUCCACGACUUCCGUCUGCGCUCGCUAGACAACGCCCAGCGCAUUGUGUCGUUUGAGCGCACGCUCGGCAUCUUCUUCGAGGAGCCGCUGCAGCGGUGGCACGAGAAGCACAUUGGCGGGUGGAGCUUCUGGAACACGUACUAUGCGGGCGUGCACCCGGUGGUCACAGUUGUGUUCCUUGUGUUCAUUCUCAUGCGCAUGUUUGCCUGGAAGCUUAAGCGUGUCAACUGGAAGCAGGUCAGCGAGGGCCACCGGCAGUCAGGCGACGAGGACUCGUAUUAUGCCCCCGACAACUCCAGCGCCGUGGUCACACGCGGGUCGUUCAAUGAGAUGACGGCUGCGCAGCAGUACCGCUUCCUGCGGUCGGUGUGGGUGCUGGGCGCCUGGGUCGCCUUCUUUGGCUUCCUGUUUGCCCCGACCAUGCCGCCGCGCCUUCUGCCCGUGUGCGAUUUCUUCAACGCCCAGGGUGCCAACGUCGGCGCGUGCCUCAACACCGAGUUUUCGUUCAUGGACUCGAUUGGCCUGCACGGCUCGCUGCUGUGGGACUGGAACGACGAGUCGGUCAAGACCCUCAACAACCCGUACGCCGCGUUCCCCUCGCAGCACACCAUCUUUGCCGCCUGGUGCGCCCUCUCGUGGAUCCACCUGGUUGGCCCCAAUGUGUCGGGCAAGGGCAUUGCGUCUGCCUGGUUCUGGGUGCGCGGCGCUAUGCGCUGGGGCAUUGUUCUGUAUCCAAUGGUCACCAUCUACUGCAUCAUCAUUACGGCGAACCACUAUAUUGCCGACGCCUUGUUUGGCCUCCUUGCGCUGGCCUUCUCCUACGCUGUGGUCUACUUUUACUACUCGUACCGCAGCCGCCACGUUGUCCACGGCAAGGAGAUGCCCGGCACGCUUCUGCCGUACUAAAUACCCUGCUACUUCAAUCUUCUUAAUCCCC